CCUUCUCUCCUCCCGCCUUGGAUGUUCUCGUAAAACCCAAAGAUCCGGAUGGAGGUUCGAGCAUCAAUUACCCAUUCUGGCAACAUGUGCAUAUACGAAUAUACUACAUUCAGCAUCACACGCAGACACCAGAGCAGACCCCGAUUAUUGAGAGAUGAGAGAAGUGUCUUGCAUUUGUUUUUUUGUUCCCCUCCAUGCCCAACGCCUUUGUCUAGAACCCCUGCCUCACUACCACUCCCCAUCCCCCGUCCCCCAUUCCCCAUUCCCCUCCACUCCUACGGGGAUUCAACAGUGCCCGUGGUGUUUCCGUUGUUCCUUUCACGGCAUAACGGGGGGAUUCCACACCCACCCAGCUCCAGCUGGGUUACGUUGCACACACACGCACACACACGGACAUGCGCGCAACAUCGCUGCCAACCAACCUGGCUGGCAUCGAGACCCGCAAAAUCCACCCUUUCGUCCUUCCACCCUUCCAUGGCUGACAUGAUGAUUCCCCAGAACACCCAAAUAUGGUAUGAUACAAAAAUUUAUCUCUUCGGGACCCUCCCGAAAACCCAGACAAUGUGACGGAAUGGACUACCCAACUCAUAUAUCCGCAAGGAAGAUGCAAGCAAAGCCGUUUCUUUUUUGGGGGGAAGAGGGUGGGGGGAGA